AAUAGCCUUCAUUCGCACAAGUCAAAGGUUCGCUCUCUUUCUUGGCUCUUUCAAGUCGCUCUUCAUUUCGUCCGGCUGUGCUUACUGUCCGAUCGCUUUUCUGCUUUGCUGUUUCGCCAAAGUUCAAUUACAAAUUUUAAUGGUAUUUUAGUUAAAAAAAAGUUUGGUUAUUUUUGAGUUUUUUCUCGAAAUUUUGACUCUUUUGGUUUUUGGAUUUUCUCUGUAGUUGUUGGUAUUUGUUGUUGCAGUUGCCUUGUAUAUGUUUCAAGUGUUAUUGGUUGAACGUCAAUUGUUGCAAUGCGCAUCAGUUUUUUGGAAUCAUAUAAAUUACAAUUGUAGCCAUUGAUUUGGCAUCAGUUUGUGACUUGCUCUUCCCCACAAAGCUUCCUUUGCCGCUAUAUAGUGCACCGUUCCGGUAGAUAAAGAAGAAGUGUUAUACAGUUUGGAAUACUUUCAAAUUUUUCUUCAAAGGAUUUGCAGCCUUUAAUUUGAUAGUGUUUUUGUUUAUUGUGCAUAAUGCGAGUAUUCGUGCUAGUUAGCUGCUUGAUUGCGGGCGCUUUGGCGCGUCCUGAGGCGCCGAUUGUAGGUUACACCUACAAUGGACUACUGCAGAAUACUGUCUCACUGCACCAGCAACUGCCCUCUGAGCAUGCCUUUGGCGAUUUUGCCGCGCCACCACCGACUACUUAUGGCACUCUGCCCACUAGCGAGAUCGCAUUGAACAACAUUGAGCAGCCAGCCGAAGCAGCCGGACCCGAAGAUGCCAAUCAGCAGCAAUACCAAUCGGUUCAACCACUGCCACUCGAUCAGCAAGACUCCUACAAUGCCGCCUACCAACAGUCGAGCAUAGCACAAGAGGGCGGUUACGCUUACGCAUCACAGCCGACCACCGUACACAAACAUGUGUACGUACAUGUGCCACCCAAGGAUUUCGAGGAUGAGGAUGUGAUCGAGACACGCUUGCGUCAUGCACCAGCCGCCAAGCAAAAGCAUUACAAAAUCGUUUUCAUUAAGGCGCCAGCACCACCAUCCAUCCGUUCCCCAGUUGUACCACCACCACCACAAAACGAAGAGAAAACACUGAUUUAUGUGUUGCACAAGAAACCCGAAGCCACCAAGGAUAUUGUUAUACCCACUGCUGCACCAACCAAACCUUCCAAACCGGAAGUCUAUUUCAUCAAGUACAAGACCAAGAAGGGGGAAGCUCCUGUUUAUGGACCACCACCACAACAGCAACUACAGCAACAACAAAAUGAUAUUACCAAUGAUAACGUCAAUGGCAACAACAACAUUAUCGCUGCCGAUAUGGAUCCUCGUCAUGCUGAUGUGCCUGUCGGUGAGUAUGCCGCUCCUGCAGGUGAUGACUUCUCUGCUGAUCUCACUGCGCCACUUACCACGAUUCAGCCUGCAUUAGAGUUGGAGCAGCCGCAAUCGCACGACCAGCCGCCACAGUUCGUAAACGAUUUGCCCGCCGAGUCCUUCGACUUGCCAACUGCAUUGCCCUUCGUCGCCAGCGAACAACCCCAGCCCACCGUUCAGGUGCCCAGCAACCAAUACUUGGCUCCGGCACCCAUGGCACCCAUCGUAGUGGAAGAGCCAACACACUUGCCAUCGUCCAGCUAUGGACCACCCAGCAACCGCUUCUUCCUGAAGAAGAAGUAAACAAUGUUAGUUGGUAAACAGUAAGCGGGAGCACCGGGGUGCUCCAAAAUCUAGUAAAUUUACACAAGCAUAUUUAGUAUAAUAGUCACCGAAGCGAGAAUAGCGGAAAAAAGAUUUUGGUCAUCAGUUGGCCAUUUACACACUCAUACUCAUACGCGUCAACAUACAGCACAUGUUAAACUUUAAAUGCACUUAACGUACUUAUACAUCCGUACAUACAUACGCGUUAAAUAAUUAUGUUUGAUUUUGUUUUAUGUUUUUUAAUUAAUUUUAAUGUCUAUAAAGUUUUAGUACAUAAUAAACCAAUUUGUUAUAUAAAUGAAAUCGGCUGAGUUUACGCUUGUGAAAUGCUACAAAAGUAGUACAAAGUGAAAGGUAAUAUUGUGUCGGAUGUUCAGCUUAAAAUAAACGAAAAA